GGCGCUCGGUGGGCGUCUCCUAUGGACCUUGGUGAUUGACAGCUAUUCUUUGCCAUCCACGACUCCGUUUUUUCUUUUACUCCGAGGGCCCAAGGAGCAGCGAUUGACAAUGACCGUAAACCAAACAGACGCCUCCUUUAAAGCACGUGGGCGGGACCGGAGAGCGAAGUGACCUAUCGUGUGCCCCUGUGUGGAAGGCGGCGGGAGGGACAUAGUGUCAGUCUCUUUGGGGGGCGCAAGCCGUCUACUUGUAACGGUUUCGAGUUAAAGGAAAAUAACGGAUAACGGGAUUGUGGAACCGGUGGGAAUAAACCUACUGGCACCCGAAACUGGAGGAGCGGACAGGGAAGCGGGCGUGCCUUCAUACAUGGUGGGAGCCUCUCUUCUCAUUUGGGGGCUGGGUGGUGGUUGUUUUUAUGCCGAGCUUUGACACUAGUUUUCUGAUGGGGAAACUUCCCACGGGCGGAACCCCGAAGGGACUGUCACAGUGAUAGCGUUGCCUAGUUGGAGGGACACACUUAGGACUGAAUACAUAGGCACGUUAUGCAUUAUAUCCUGAAUAUGGCUUGCUUCAUAGGGAUGCCUAGCCUGCGGCCCUGCAGCUGUUUUUGAACCACAAUUCCUGGCGAUCCUCGACUUCCCACGGGAUCUUGCUGUUUUGUGGGAGUUGAGUUUGGAACGACUGGAAGGCCACGGCUUGGAUACUCCCCAGCAGCCCACUGUCCUUGUGUUUCACGCCUUACCGGCAUUGACACCGAGCUUGCUUACAUGGGCACUGACGGAAGUACAGAUGUGUAGUGAGCAAUCAGUGCGGAUGGAAGGGACUUGGAGGCAUGAAUCGCUUUCCCUUAGCGCUCUGGAUACUUAUACACAUGGGAUAGAAAAGCAAUGUGCCAGUCUCGUUGUCUUAAACAUAAUGAAAUAAUAUCCUAUCACACUUAUACUACAGGUGGAAAUUUGUACCAAGGUUAGACCAACCUCAAAAUCAUCAACAUGAGGCGAGUGGCGUGCCUGUGACAAGACCUUUGUUCUUCCCAGGAGGAUGCAGCAACCUCCUUGGUGUCUCUGGACUUCCAAGAUGCCAGAGAUUUUGUAAAAGUGCUGGUCAGAUCAGCCCCCGGAAGACUGGGAGAUUUCGGGCUUGGGCUGGAGGCGCUGUUUAAUAACAAUCUUUAGUUGCCACACAGGAGUCUGCUGUGGUUCUUUAGAAACAAGUGUGCAUCUUGGAAGCUACUGCUUAAAGCAUGGUAGAGAAGCAGCGUUGCCCCCUGCAGAGGGAUGGAGUUUACCGCUGGUUUUCGGAGCUGACCUCUUCACAAAGAGUUGAGUUCCUUUGCGGCCUCCUAGACCUGUGUAUACCCCUUGAGCUCCGUUUUUUAGGCUCCUGUCUUGAGGACUUGGCUCGAAAGGAUUAUCAUGCUUUGAGGGACUCUGAAAUAAGAGCUAAUAAUCCUGCUGAUCUGGGAAGUCUGACCAACCUAACAGAUGAAGUGGUUCGUAGUAAGCUUCUGGUGUCCCUGGCUCUUCUAGCUUCUGAUAAUCGUGAGGCUGCUGGUGUUCUGUGUCGAACUCUAACUCACAUUGACUCAAUCAUAGACAACUAUGGUCUGCAGCUCAAUGAUGGAAGGACAGGGGAUGAGUUUUUUCUGCUUUUUACCAUGGCCACAAACCACCCUGCAUUUAGCUUCCAUCAGAAGCAGGUGCUAAGGAAGGAGCUGGCCCACAUACAGGCACGGCAAAGUGCAACUAGUGCGAGCCAUACUACAACCCCUAAUAUCCUGACAGCUACCGUUACCACCACCACUACCACUGUUACCAGCAGCAAUGUAUCAUCUGGCUGCUCCAAGAGCACACUAAGAACAGAUGCACCUAUAACCAGCGUUGGUAACAGUUUAGCAAAUGCACUAAAUACAUCAGCACAUUCCAUAGAAGAAUCAUUAUCUAGACGACCUUCAGGAAAACACUCCAAAGUGAAUGUUGAAAAAAUUGAAGUAAAAGUAUUUCCACAUAAGAAGAAAGAAAAGAAUGCUGACUAUUGUUUUGAGGUUUUUUGGUCUGAUUCUUCUGUAACUUUGGUAACAAAAUCUUCUACAGAUGUAAUGGAGUUUAUUUCAAAGCUAUCGCAUCUGUUCCCAGAUGAAAACUUGGAGAAAUGCAUUCCUUAUCGUGUUGGCAUGGAUUCUUACUCCUUGGAAAGGAACCACAUGGAUCUGGAGUUAGAUCUUCGGUAUCUUGUAUCUUUACCACAGCAAGUGCUGAAAAGUGAUCUUGUCGGGAAAUUCUUCAGUACUUUUUCCAGCCAUCAAAACUUAUAUCCCAGCAACCCAUCCCAUAUAAAAACCUGCACCCCAGUGGCUACACCUAUACGACCAAUAUGUGGUGUUGCCAGCAUCCAGUCGUCACAAAGCAGCAUUUCAUCGCACCACAGUGGGGCAACUGUAACACUUUCUCCAUGUUCACACACGGGGAGCUCUAGUUCCUCUUCAAUAGUGUAUCGGCCCCAGAUGGAAUCUUCUUCCUCUGUUAUGAUAGCUUCUACUGUGCCAAGUCCCCAAACACAAGAACAACAGGAGAUAUUGGAAUGGCUCCGAAAGUUACGGCUGCACAAGUAUUAUACUGUCUUCAGUCAGUUAUCCAUGAAAAAGUUUUUGAGUCUCACGGAAGAAGAUUUAAAUAAAUUUGAAUCUUUAACAAUGGGAGCAAAGAAGAAGUUAAAGACCCAACUGGAGUUGGAGAAGGAGAAGUCUGAAAAACGGUGCCUGAAUCCAGUCCAGUGUACUUCCUAUAGCAGCAGUGGCAUUGCUAGGGUUCCACCUACAAGCCAUGUGGGCCCUGUUGCGAAUGUUCACUGUAAUCAUGCUACAGAAUUGUCUGUAGAUGUAGAGGUUCCAGCUCACCAGAUGCCUCAAGAGGGCAGUUCAUCUUCUGAGUAUUCAAGUUCUCCAUCAAGUCCCAUGGGUCUGCAGACACGGGAGGAGAGCUCAGACAGUGCAGAGGAGAUGGAUAGAAGGCUUGGGAGACAUUUAGAUUGUGCUGAAAAAGAGAAGUCUGUUUUAUUAGUGAAUCACUUUACUUCAAGUUCUGUACGCCCAACAGCUCAAGUUUUACCAGUUCAGAAUGAUGCUAGCUCUAACAUUACCAAUCAUCACCCCCCACAAAUUCAAAUCUUAACAGGAACAGCUUCUCAUAUUUCUCCAGUUCACCUUAUAAAUACAAGAGGGUCUGCUGACUUAAAAUUGCUUCAGUCUUCUGCACACUCCAUUUUUUCUUCUGAGGAAAGAAACAAGGGUUGUUAUGGUCCCAGGACCAGCAUUAAAUUAGCAAACAUGAUUUUAGAUGUCAAGACCUCUUCAACUCCACUGCAAACAGGUCCAGUCAUUUCCAUAAUGACCGAUAGCAGCUCAGUACACAACAGUGUUAACUUUGGUGUUCGGCCCAAAGUAGGAAAUUCGGUGCCAGGAGAAAGAGUCAUUAAGCCAACACAACAACCAGCACUAAUGGUGGAAGCCAGUACUCCUGCCACUAUGGCAUCAACUCCAGUCUUCCACGUGGCAAGGCCACCAGUCAAGCUUCUUGUAUCCACUUCUGAUUCUUCGUUGAUUGGACAGACAACUUGUUCUAGUGUCUCUCCUGCAAUAAUAAACCCAAGAAAUGUACUUUAUACAGCCAAUACCAAAGUUGCCUUUUCUGCCAUGAGUGGCAUUCCUGUAGCUCAACUGUCUGGCAGCUUCUGUUCAAAUAGCACUGCCACUACAAGCAACCAUGCCUCUGCAUCAUUAUCCAGUAUUACUAGCCUUUCAAACUGCCCUGCCCCUAGUUCAAGCCCUGCUCUUUCUUCAACAUCUGAGAACAGUUAUUAUAGCAGUAGUGGGAACACACCUGCAGUGAACAUUCAGAUUGGAAAUCAGACUCCCAGCCAUCAUCAUGUUCAUCACCAGCAGCAACAAUCCCAGCAACAAGCAGGAUGCACAGUAUGUAGUUCCUGUGGCUGCAGUGGAAACUGUGGUACUGGCGGCAUGACUGUGAACUAUGGCAGUUACUUUCAGCAUCCUUUUCCAGGCCCUUCUAUGUUUCCAUUCCCAAUUCUUCCUUUCAGCCCAAUGUGCAAUAAUGGCUAUGUAAACACCCAGCAAUAUAACAACAGUGCUACAUUUCCUGUAGUCCAUACUCCAUACAAUAGCAGCCUAAACCCUGAUUCCAUACUAAGUGGACAGCCCAGUUUCUCCAUGCCCCCUGUGCAGAACUUUAUACCAGGCACAGCAGGGGUGUAUCAGCCUCAGGGAAUGAUGGGAUCUGUAAAUGGCACAGUUCACAAAAAAACUGGUAAUCUUUCAUGUUAUAACUGUGGAGCCAGUGGCCACCGAGCUCAGGAUUGUAAACAACCCUCUAUGGACUUUAAUCAGCAAGGAACUUUCCGUCUUAAAUACGCUCCUCCAUCCGAUGGGUUGGACUCUGCUGAUUAAAUCUUAAGCCUGGAAUUGUAGAAGAUGUGACAAGUCAUCCUGCCUAGCAUCAGUGAUGCACAUCACAUCUAAAGGUGCUUUACUUUUACCUAGACUGGAGUGAGAUACCUUCAGGGACUCUUAUUUAGAAAUUGCCAAAUUCUGCUUUAGGAGAUUUUUAUUUUUAAUGGCGGUGAUAAAUCUUGCCAGAUUAUGCCUCGGUUUUUGUAGAAUUUGGGAUAAAGAAGAUUUUACUGAUGAAGUUUGAAUUUUUUUCUUAAAGAAAUAUGAACAUAUUUUUAGGGCAGCUAUAAUAAACGUCAAAGUAAAGUCUGAAGUUGCCUCCUUGCGAGGUGAUAGUUUUAAGGCGUUGUCUGUGUUGAACGCAUAUUGUUCUCUCUAUCUAAUAUAACGCGUCGUCAGGAAGAAAUCACUGGGAUUCUUGUGGAUUGCACUAGGGAAGAAUGUAUCAUUUUUCUUGAAACUUCCAAAUGUUCCUGGGAUAAAAGAGGGAGCUUUGCAACAUUUCAACAGGCAUUGGAUCCCUCAGAUCUUUACCUAACGUGUAUUCAAAAGACUCAAGUGACCUAAAGAACAAUUUCAAAGCCUGAAUAUUUGAUAUUUCUAUUCUCCAGUUUUCUCUAUUUUUUUUUUUUUUUUUUUAUAGUACUUUGUCUUUGACAAAAUUUGCACUUUAUUGUUGAACUGUUUCAGAAUACCUGGGUUCCAUUUUAGAAAAGGAUUGGAUACAUAGUUACAUGCAAAGGAAUUUUUAGGGAAGAACAUAUACAAAAAAACCCUUUGCUUCAUAACAUGAGCAGCACGGUUUGGACUUUUUUUUUUUUAAACCCUUCUUUCCCAUGCAUGAAAAGGGUGAACAUCCAACUAAGGGCUUUUUAUUUAAGUUAGAAGUUACCAUUAGAAUUCCAGCAAAACACUAAACACAAACUACUCGGCUUGUUGGUGGUGAUGUUCUGCGCCUCGAAAGAUCUUCUUUGAAGGACUAUGUUCUCCAUAUAACAGCUUCAUAGGUAACUUCUGUGGUAAGCUACAUCCUUGGGUGGGGGGAAAGAAACAUUAGCACUAGAUUUUUGAUUGCUACAACUAGCAGUGUAACAAAUGUUUCCUGGAACAAUGUUUCCUUUUCUUCUGCUCAACCAAAGAUUGAUGUGACUAAAAAAAAAAAAAGAGCUGUAAAAAGAGGGAUUUUAUUCUACAAAUAUUUUCUUGGUAACACAUUUCCGAGCAGAUACUUGCUCAUUAAUGCACUCUUUGGACCCUGACUAUUUAGCUUUUAGCAGCUUUUCAUUAAAAAUAUAAUAAAAAUGGCAUAUUAGCUAAGCUUCAGUGUACAUUAUGUAGAACAAAUAUGUUUCUAGCUGUUACAUUUAUUUCUAUGCAAUGAAAACACUACAGAUAUGUAUGGUGUGCUUUCUCCCAGGAAGUUCUAGUAUUAUUUAAAAGGAAUAAAAUAAUGGAGGGAGAGAUUUUCAUUCUAAGAUCUCUUUUCCAAUCCUACUAAGCCAUUAUCAAGGCAUCUAUGAACUCCCACAUUUGUAAAAUAGCCCUUUCAAUGCCGAAAGAAUCUAGAAUAAAGAAAAAAAAACACUUUUAGCUAACUGUACUAUACAACUUGAAUGCAGCCAUAGGAAACAGAAGUUAAAUUGUUUGUCUUUUUUAAUCGUAGCAUUCAUUAAAACAGGACACUGUAUUUGUCUCCAGAGAAGGAUGGUGGCACCACCCAACACUAAAGACUCGGAACAGCUAAUAAUUGCAGAUACGGUAAAAUAGACAAUUAUGGCAAUACAUUUUGGCCCAAUUUGAUUUAUGCCAUGGGCAUCACUUCCCUAUUUUAAAGGGAGUAGUUGCUGGUUUUUUAUCAAUGUUUACUAUUUGUAGGAUGUUCCAUGGCUUCUUUUUUUUUUUUUUUUUUUUUUUGCCAUGGUCCAUAUGUGCGUUGAAAGCCAAACUGAUGUUUCUAUAGAAAUAUUCUGGACUUGAACUGUAUAUCUAUAUAGGAGAACUAUAUUAUGUAUAUUUUUAAACUUAAAAAAUUAAUGUCUCCCCCAUUAUCAUUUUAAAUGACCUGUGCAGGAAAAAAAAAAACUUUUUUUUUUAAUUUAAGACUUCUGUUCUUACUGCAGAAAUGAAUGGGUUGUAUGUUUCUGAGUGAUUGUGCACUGCAGGACUGGGAGUGUUUUUUAUAUAUAUAUGGCUUUUCCUUAUGUGCAGUCUUUUAUAUGUGUGUAAGCUACAAGGCAAUGUUCUUCUGUGUUUUCUACAGUCCAAUGCUACGCCAGUUAAACAUGGAAGUUUUUUUUUUUUUAGCAAUUAUGCGCUUUGUUAAUCUCACUCCCUAAUACUUUAGCAGAUAAAUAAGCACCUUAUACUGUUUUUCUUUUGCACCACGACAUUUUGGGCAGUUAUCAUGAAUAACGCUAACAUGGCCUUGCUCUUUUUAUUUUAAAUUCACGCUGUUUAUCUGAUAUCUAAUUGUUUUGUUCAAAUAGGAAAGAACAGUGAACUAGACAAAUAGGAGAGUGUGUAAUGGGUAAGCAAGGGAAAUAUGUUCUUUUUACCCUUAAUGCUGCUAUCUCUCUUAGCAUUAUACUACACAGUGUGUGUGUUCUACCAGUGCAGACCACAUUGAUAAAUCAUAAAAAAGUUUGCUAUCAUCAGUACAGGUGCAAAUAGGAUUGUCUCCAGGACAGCGAUUACCAUGGUGCGGAAAACAGCAUUAACAAUUAAUUUGGUGCAAGUUUGUGUGUGUAGGUGUAACCCACAUAGGAAAGGAAUACCUAUUAAAGGCAGAUGUUAAUUCCAGGUCUGCAACAGAUCAGGUGCAACUGGCAUUUUGGUGCAAGUAUAGAGCAAUGUGUAUGGACACAAUUACCUUUCUUAAUAGCGUUUUAAAAGAAUACUUUGUACUUUUCAUUGCACCUUGUAACCCUAAAUGGGCCCUAGGUAGAAAGAUUUGCAGUAGGGAUAGUUUUUGAGCCCAUGUACCUUAAGGUAAAAUGUAAAUGACUGAGGAGUUCUCUUCAUGGAAUUCCAGAUAUGUUUUUAUGUUGGCAAGAUGACAUUGUAGAAAAUUGUAGACCCAUUUAGCUAGAGUCAUUCAGCCACAGUUUAAAGAAUAUCAUUGACAGCAAAUAAGGGGUACAUUUAUCAACAUUGGAGUUUUUCCAGUUUUUAGUGCUAAAACAAUUUAAAUUAUGGUACAAAAACUCAUGUGUAAUAAAGUGCGAAAAACCCGCCAACUCAAACAUAAAAUGUUGGCAUUUAAAAGCUUUCAAAUUCAUAUAGACCUCAGUGGGAGUUGUCCUAGGCAAAGUCAAGCUGCGUUUUCAAUUUUCCCCAAAUUUCCCAAAUCAAGUUUUUUUAUUAAUACGAGUUUGCCAUAUUGAUAAAUAAGCAAGCAUUCAAAAAAAAAAUAUUUUUUUUGAAUGCAAGUUUAUUUAAAUUACAAAAACACUCACCUGACGAUUCAGUCCUAAACACCUCCGAUCUUUUGUCCCGCCCAAUCGACCAGACGACUGAUAUCCACAGCUUUUGCAAUAUCGGUUGUCUUGUCGAUCCACCAUACACACAUCCAGUAUCGUCUAUGAAUGUAUGGUAUCUCUUGAGCAAUAUUUGCCACUGAACUUGUAGGUUUUGUGAUUAUAAUGCUAGAAUUGUACAGUAUUUGCCACAUACAGGGGUCAGGAGUAUGAGAGUGGGCAGGUUCUGAUUUAUAUAGAGGAUAAUUUCAGAAGGGGCAAUUUUUAUUUUACAGUGUUCUUGGAUUUAACUGAAAUUUUAGAUAGGAUGAUGCCUUUGCUUUAUUAGCAUAACGGCAAUGCAUGCAACACAGGGCAGGUUCAAAUAUUUUCCAGCUGCUCCUUUAGGACCCUGAAGCAAAAAUGCCCUUGUUAGCACUUAUACAAGUUCUUGUCAACUUACGGCAGCCUACAUACUUGAAACCCCCCUGUAACCUGCAUCUAACCAGAACAUUUAACCAUUAGUGGCUUCUUUCUUCACUGCAUUUUAUUAAGCCAAGCUGGGUGGUGGUGUGGCUUUUUGUUUUCUGUGCUGAGGAUACAGACUGCACUAUAAUGAUCAAGAGAUCAACUGGCUUCAUGCUAUUUACUAGCUGCUAAUGGCAAAAUAGACUUCUCCCUUGAUCCUAAUGUGUGUUUGGACACAGGCCACAGGUGGCGCUGUAAAAGAGCAUUACCUUUUAAGUUGCUUUAAGUUAAUGCUCAGUGCUGGAAAUGCCUCUGAUUCUUCACUUUAAACACACCAAUUGUGCAGGAGAGAAUGAUGCCACUAACUUGCUGCUAUUUACUAAUCUACCCAGCUGGCAAAGGUGAGCAGUGUAAUAAUGAAGUAUAUAUACUUAAAAUAAAUCAAUGGCAAAACUCAAUUAUAUUGCAUUUUCUGCACAUUGGGGGUCAUCUACAAGGAAAACCUCAGUUUGGCCAAGUAAAAGUAGCUUCAGGGUUCCCCUAUUGACACUGGAGCUACAGGCGCAAGCAGACAUCCUGAUGGCAAUUUUUAGCAGGUUCACCGGCUGAAUCUCCCCCUCACUACUACAUUUAUGCUGAAAUUAUGAGAAAAGCAUGGCUUUUGAAAUUGCACUUUGCACGUGCCUAUUCCAAAGGGCUUUCACAUGGUACUCGUCUUUUAUCUAGUACCAUCUAGUGAAAUUAUCCCCUCGACCCCUUGAAUCCCUCAUACCAAAUCAAGCUUAGUUCUGUGCCUGCUGGCCUUAUUAAUAUAGGGCAGACUGUGUAAAGUAGCAGCAAGGUGGGCCAGGACAGUGUUAAUUAGGCCUGGUAUGAGACAGUUAUUUAACUGAAUGUCAGCCCUGUCUGAAAUGGAAAGUUCCAUUAAAAAUAAAAUGCUGUAUGCGAAACAAGGCUUAAUUACUAUUUUGUGCUGGACAAGACAGACCUGGUUCACAGAUGCAGUUAAAUACAGAAAAAAGCCCCUGUAGUUUAAAGCAGCAUGCACACGAAACAUUGUUUUUGUGCAUCUGGUUUGGCACACUAAAACACAUGGGUUUCCCUCUGCUGAAUUGUAUUGGUGUAUCUGGUUUGUCUUAUAGGUACAAAUGGAGUGCCUGUGUGUAUGACUGAUUAAUACUUCCUUAUAGUCCCUCAAUCUCUUUCAUAACCAGUUGCAAAGGUCAGAUUAUCAAUUGGUUACAGUUAGCACUUUGGAUACUGGUAGUUCUGACUUACCUUAUUACGGCUGCAGUCACAGUGUAUCCGAUUUUCGUUGUAUACUUGGUGGCAGGAUGAGGCUGCAUCAUUGUGCAUAUUUUUCUUUAUAUUGCACAGUAGUCUUAUAGCCAGAAAAAGGUAACAGGCGGACCUACACCUUUCAUAAACCAUUAACAGCUUAGUUUUUAAAGGAAAGCCUGGAGUCCUAACCUAGCAAUAGGUUUACCAUCAUCUUAAAAAAGUACCAGGUAGUGACUUAAAGGGGUUGGGUAGUGAUGGAAGAGGUGGGAAUUGGAGCCAAGCAGCAGUAAGUAGUUGGCUGUUGUGGGAGUGGGGUAAUAACUGGGUGGAGUGAAACAAUGGGGAACAUCUAAAUGUACACCCAGUAAAAUUCUAGCAGCAGCUUUUUAUCACUUAUUAUAGAAUAGUAUCUACAGUGGGCGGUUGCUGGGCAUAUAUCUCUUCUGCCUGCCUUUUUUUUUUGGCCUGUAUAUUAGAGUCUGGGGUAUUUGGUUUGAAAGUCUCAGGUGGGGGAUUGGAGUUUGGGGAAGGGGCUUGUAUUGGGCGCCCACAACCUUAGGCCCAGCACUGCUAUACCUGCAACCUGAAGGACAUAAUUGUACUAAUAUAGUGCUGGCUUCAUUUCUGCCACAUAACAAACUGAAAUUCCAUACACAUCUAUAUAUUUUGAAAGUGUAAUGUUUUUUGUUGUUUUUCCUGUCCCUAAGUUAAAACUUCUUUUAUAUAUUAGAGACAUCUACACCCAGAAGUGCUAUACAUGUAAAUGAAGACAGGGUUACAUAAAAGGUAAAUGAUCUUGCCCUAUGUCUUCUAAACCAGUUGGCUUGUUACAGAGUCACUAUGUAGAUUCCCUGCCAUACAGCCUGACAGGGCACAGACUGGCUAGAGACAUGUAGAGAGGAAGUAGAGACAAUCGCAUGCCAGGAAGUACAUUAUCCCAUGUAAGCACACUACAUUAUCUGAAGCAAACCUUUUCAAACUGUACAGUACUUUGGGGAAUAUAACCAAUUGCUUUUAGGCAUAAGUAAGCAUAUUGGUAUCCUUUUACAGUUAAUUUCUUUCCCUUCUUUUUAACAAUACCCUAUAGUUAGCCCCAGUACAAAUGUUACGGAAGUUGGUAUUAGAGCCUUGCCAAAUAGCACUUAAAAGGCCUGCGUUAGCCAUAUCUGCCUUGUAACUGAGCUCCUCAAAGCAGGUCAAAGCCACAGUGGUGCCAUGGGCUGACAGAGAAGCUAGCCAGGCUUAGUACAUAGGGCUUAUAUUUGCCCCAACGUAUAUAACGACAGAGUAAAGAUUACAAGUAGUUGUGACAUCAUCAUCAUCAUCAAGGGGUAGUUAACCUUUAAGUUAACUUUUAGUGUGAUGUCGACAGUGAAAGUUUGAGAGAAUUUGCCUUUGGCCUUUAUUCUUAAUUAGUUAUGUGGAUUUUUAAUUAUUUAUCUUUUUGUUCAGCAGCUUUUUAGUUACUAGGGUUCAGUUUUCCAUAGCAGUUGGGCAGUGGUUUGAAAGAGAAAUUGGAAGGAUGAAUGGAUGUAUAGAUAAUCUAAUAUUAUAUUGCGGCAAAUGGUACUUCCUGGCCGUUAACCUUAACUAUACACACAGUACACACAUAACUGCAGGAGUCAUUUAGAACCCUGUUAUUUACUCUCGAGUCCCCAGAUGAUGUUGGACUCUUGAUGUAUGUUAAAGAUUGAUGGUUAAUGUAGUCUAGCGACAUCUAGAGACCCAAGGUUAAGAGAGAGGAAUUUAGGUGAUAUAUGUUCCAUUAUAAAAUCAGGUGUAGCUCCUGGCUGUGUGCCACCUAUCUCUGGAAAGGAAGCCAGGCAAUAACAGUCAGUAAGUGGCUGGACUCUUAGUAACUAAGCAGCCCACGUGCCAGUGGCACCAAAGUUCUCCUUGUUACAUGAGUGUGUGCUUCGGAAUCAUGCCUCUGCCCUCUGUAUGUCCUGAUAAAUGCGUUCUUUGCUUGAAAACUCCAUGCCUCGUAUUCAUUUAGGUUUCUGUUUGUUAAUUCUUUCCUAAGAGGACAGAGAAUUCACCUCUUGUCUGCUUUUUUUUUUUAAUAACUUUAUUGUGCUGACAAAGUCACAGCAUCCUCUGCUUUUAUUUUGAGCCAUUGUACUUAAAGCAAUGUAACCCUUUACAGUAUUAAUACAUGUGCAUGUGACUUCCUACAGACCGUAUUGUAGUGCUGUAAAUAUUUCAUAAUCUGCUUAUUUGACUUUCAACUGUAAAUGUCAAGUAUUCGGUUAUUGGAUUUUUUUUUUUUUAAAUGUUUUAUUAUACUUGUUAAAGGGUAAAUGUACAUUUUUAGAAUGACGUUUUUAUCUGAGUAAAUUUAAUGUACUGAAGAUAAAAUAUUGUUUGUAAAAAAAAAAAAAAUAAAGAAAUUAAUGAUAA